CCCACUUCAAGCCGGAGACGCAAUGAAGAGUGGCGAGGCUAAGCAACAUCUCUGACCGGAGUUGAAAAAACAUACACAGCGCUAUUAGCCUGUACCAGUAGAUUAUUGCAUGUCGGGACUAUAUCCGGGAAUCAUCUUGGAACGACAAACCAGAUAUUGACUUUUAUUCCUGAAAGCCUCUGCUUCUGCUUCGCGGACGAGACAUGUCCUCAUCGGCGUCUAGACCUUUAUUUGUCAUCUGAGAGGAGCCGUAGCUUGACUGGCUAACGUUAGCUGGCUAACUCCCUCUACCCCCUCAUACGAGCUAGCUACUUAGCGACAGAGGUGUGAAAAUAUAAAGAAAUCCGGCUUUGGCAGGCUGCGGACAAGAGAACGACACCUGACAAUGAAUGGCCUUUCUGUGAGUGAGCUGUGCUGCCUGUUCUGUUGCCCUCCCUGCCCCAGCCGCAUUGCUGCCAAGCUUGCCUUUCUGCCCCCCGAGCCCACCUAUGCCCUCCUGCCCGAUCUGGAGGCCGGUCCAGUACCGGCGGGACCCACGGGGACAUCAGGCCUCCGUUCACGGGGAGGAGGGGGUGGUGGAGGGAGUUCGGUAGGGGGAAGCAGUGCUACAGGAGAGGGGCGCUGGAAGCUCCACCUCACAGAGCGGGCAGAAUUCCAGUAUUCCCAACGGGAACUGGACGCCACGGAAGUGUUCCUGACACGCUCCAGCCGGGGAAACAGAGUGGGCUGCAUGUACAUCCGCUGCGCCCCCUCUGCCAGGUUCACUGUCCUGUUCUCUCAUGGUAAUGCGGUGGAUCUAGGGCAGAUGAGCAGCUUCUAUAUCGGCCUGGGCACUCGCAUCAACUGUAACAUAUUCUCCUAUGAUUACUCCGGCUACGGGGUCAGUACGGGAAAGCCCUCCGAAAAGAAUUUGUAUGCAGAUAUAGACGCAGCGUGGCAGGCUCUACGCUCACGAUAUGGCAUCAGCCCAGAGAACAUCAUCCUGUAUGGACAGAGCAUUGGCACGGUGCCAACGGUGGACCUGGCAUCGCGAUAUGAGUGUGCGGCUGUGAUUCUUCACUCUCCUCUCACCUCUGGCAUGAGGGUGGCCUUUCCCGACACUAAGAAGACUUACUGCUUUGACGCAUUUCCCAACAUUGAGAAAGUGUCUAAAAUCACGUCUCCGGUGUUGAUCAUUCAUGGAACGGAGGACGAGGUGAUCGAUUUCUCCCAUGGGCUGGCCCUGUACGAACGCUGCCCUAAAGCCGUGGAGCCGCUCUGGGUGGAGGGAGCCGGACACAACGAUAUCGAACUGUACACCCAAUACCUGGAACGCCUCCGUCGAUUCAUCGGCCAGGAGUUGGCCGUACAACAUGCCUAAAACUCUCCUCCAUCUCCUUCUCAUCAUCCCACCAUCUCCCAGUCUGAGCGAGCGUGCGCAUCACUAACUUAUUAAAGGCUGCCAUUUUGUAUGGACAAACAUCACUGUCGGAGAGCAGCGUGACAGAAUUUGUUUCUUAAGUGUUUUCUUUUUCCAUUUGUCACAUCUGUGUGUGUGGAACUCUGGGGGAUGGAAGUGGAGUUUCUGUGAGGAAAGAAUGGACGAAUUCUGGUUUCAGUCCAAUGAAAUAAGCCAGACACAAAGUCCUGUACCUCUCUUUCUCCGUCUGAGCAUUCAUCUGUCAGUUUGCCGCGCUCCCAUGAUGCCUCAGCCUUCCCACUUCUCAUCAGGCAACCUAAAAUAGCUCAAUCUCAGCGGCUGGCAAAUUUCCUAGCCUCGCUGACCCUGCGGGAUGGAAUAAGCCGGUUGUUCGGUGGAUGAUUUUCAGGAGUGAGUUUUUGAAGCAUCCUCCACAGAUGCCAACCUCUGUUGUGCCCAGGUGUGUGUGUGUGGGUCUAUUCUGUCUCAUAAACCCUGCGGGAUGUUGAUCUCUAUGCACCGACGUUCCCUUCCAAUGAGUUUUCGCCUUUAUGUAAAGGAUGAGAUGAUGAUCUGCACCGCUCCAGGCAGGGAAAGCUCAGAUUUGAGGACGUUGGCUUUUGUUUCUCUCCUAUUUUUUUUCUCUUUUCGGUGUCUUUAUCCUUUCUUCUUAGCAUGUCAGAGUGUCCAUAGCACCCUGAGGUGAUAGAAACCAGCUCAUCAUCAUCAUCAUCAUCAUAUUUCAGUUAAAUAUUCUCGGGAUGACUUGAUACAGAGUAUAUUCAAAGCCAGAUCCAUACAUCUUGUUGGGCCAGUAGAAAGAUCAAGGUUUCUGUAUCAAUUCAGGACUUUCCUACAGCCACAUUCUCGGUGUAGCAUUUCCACUUUCAUUCUAAAGCGUUUUAAUCAGGGCUUUUAAGUCAAUAUGUGGUUUAAUUAUGUAAGAAGCAGUAAGACACACAACAGCACAGGUAGCAGUCGGAGAUUAAAGCAAAAAUCACUUUUGAGCCCUGUGGUAACUCGCAACCCGUUUUUCCUGUUUUAAGUGUGACAUCACGUCUGUUUGCAUCAUGGCAUUCGAAUCUGAGAUCAAGCACUAAUUGCACAUGUUUACUCUCUUUAAUUUUUUGUUUAAACGCAUAGCACAUCAUUUAAAGUGUCGUCUUCAUGAUUGUUAUGCUUUCCCAAUUCAAGUCAAAUUGCUAGUUAGUGGCACAUAGUUUAAAUCAUCUAAGCAAUGUACUGACAGCUGAGUAGGUUUAAAGAUUAUAACUAGCAAUAAAGGCACAACAAUGAGGUCAUCUUCAAAGGGAGUUUGUCUGAAGUGAUUUGGACGCAACUAUUAUUCUUAAAAAGAUUGGAUCGUACGAUUUUAAAACACUAGUGGUGAAUUCAGAGCGGCGUCUUUCUUUCGGAGUAAGCUUUUACAACUGUGAAUUAUCAAGGAAACUUGCUGCUACAGAUCUUGAUUGAAUGGUCUUCAACAAAUUGACAAGAGCCAAACCAUGUGACCUUCUGUUGUUUUGUGACGCAUCAAAGACUAGCGAGGCUUGUCAGUGAGAUAAGACGUGACUUUUCCGUGCUGUGUGCUUCAUUCUUGCCCUUUUAACACUGUGGGCUGCACAGCUAUUCUAGAUUUUACAUCAUUUGCGUUUAUUUGAUUCACUGAAAAUUCGGUAUCUUGUCAGGGUAGGUUUUCGCUUGAUAAAUAUUAUGAUUUUGUGGUGCCAGAUAUGAUAUAAUCUCUGGAUAUCCUGUUUGUCUUCUCUUUUUUGGGGGGAUUUAACCUCCAACUAUUCAUACAUCCAUCCACUCAGUCUAUUCAUAUGGGUUCUGCAUAAAAGGAUAGUUCAACCAAAAAGGAAAACGUGUGCUUAUUUAUUCAGUUAAUUAAAAGAGAUUAAAAGAGGAUCUGUGCUACCGGCAUUCAAAUCAUUAUUGAGAAAACUAAAUUUGUGUAAGAAAAAUAACUAAAUUAUUUAAUUAAUACAAUCUUGAUGGAGUUUUGAGGUUUUGUGAAGCAAAGUAAGCAAGAAAAAGAACAUUAUUAACAUUUAAAUAGAUUUCCAAUGUUUGAUAGACAGUUAGGAUAAAAAAUAGGCGACUUGAAGAUAUCCAGUUUCUCUAAUUGUUGAUUUUAGUUAUGUGUUUGAGUUAAACCAUAUUGUGCUUUAUUCUGUAAGCUGCGGAUGACAUUUUUUUUCAAAAUUUAAAUAAAAAAUGCUGUCAAGCAUAAAAUAAUAACAGGCCAUUUUUUCCAGACACUUUUAAUAGACAACAUAAUUUAAAUGUUUAAACAUUUUACAUUCUUCAGGUGAUACAAAACCCAGACGUUUCCACACACUAAGGAAGGCCGAAAUGUGUUUUGUAUCACCUGACGAAUGUAAAAUAAAAAUUACACAAAGUAAUUUUUUUAUUAUUCUUUUUUUUUAUUGAUUUUUGAACAAAUCCUGAGAUCUAACUCCAACCCCCCCCCCCCCCCCCCACCCAAAAAAAAAGUUAAAUAAAAUAAAAACAGUAAUACUGCAAUAAUAGAUACAAAAUCAGGAUAGAAACAUCUGAUACAGUCUCUCUCAUAUUUAACCAAAAUUAUACUUUUUUUUUUUUUUUUUUUUACUGGCACCAUUUUUUUUCAAAGUAAUUAUUUUAAUUAUUGUAAAUCAUUACUUUCUGAAUAAUAUUGACAAGAUUAACGCACUAAAACGUAUAUAAAAAAAAACUGACAGCACGCAUUGGAAACUUCAUUACUCAACAAGAGUUUUGAAAUCAGUAUUUAGUGCAAUAACCGUGAUCACUACAAAUGAAAACAUUUGUUAUUCUGGCCAAUUGUCAUUUUCAGAUUUGUUUUUCUUUCCAAAUUCUAAUCUUUUUGUUUCAAAUUUUGUAGAAUUUCUUUUGAAUAGACCUUUGAAGACCUUUUUAUAGAACAAAAAAAUUCAUUUACUGAAAACCAAACUAAAAAAAUCCAGAGAAUCUGAGGAUUAUCAAGUUCUAUUAAUAAAGUGGUCAAUCAUUUAUUUUCAUAGAUGUGUGACAUCGAUAAGGAUCAAUAUAAAACUUUGGAAUGUUCCAUUUCUUGCAUAGUCAAAGAGCCGGUGGUCAAUAAAGGGAUAGUUCACCCCAAAAUUUAAUUCUGCCAUAAUUUACUCACUCUUCACUUUUUUAACACGUAAUUUGAGUUUCUUUCUUUGUUGAAAACAAAAGAAGAUAUGUUGAAAAAUGCUAGUUAAUAGGUCCCUUUGAUUUCCACAGUAACUGCUUUUCUAACACUGAAGUCGAUGAGUUCCAGAAACCAGCAUUCUUCGAAAUAUCUCCUUUGGUAUUCAACAUGAAUACUCAUAAUGGUUAAAACCACAUGGGGAAAAACAAAACCAUCAGGUCUAUUUUUUAUUUUUAUGAACGACAGGAUUUAAAGACCACAAUUUCAACAACAAAAAAUCUUGAAUGUUCUUUUGAAUAACAAUCUUCCAUCUCAUAUGAUCUUGAGGAUUAAUAAUCUAACACUCAUCCCUUCAAAAUCGCUCCCAUUAUUGCACCGUAAUUCUGUAUUCCAUUUUGACAUGACAUCCAAAAAACCAAUUCCCUGCCAACCUGAUUCCAUGUUCCAUCAUAUAGUAAUCUGUGGUUGGACACAAAGAGGCUUGUUCAUUCUCCAUCCUAACCAAAGAUGACAGGUGUCGGAGUUGCCAGUUGUCAGAGCUCAGAUGUGGAUUGAAGCGAUGGACUUGUGCUUUUCAGAGCCGCCACUCACACAAUACAGCCUGCUGUUGAUGCCGCAGAAGGGAAGUUUUGUGUGGACUGUUGUCGUGUGUUUUCUUCCUGUAAGACGCAAGUGUUUGGAGGCCUGAAGCAAUACUGACUUGGAGCCAGCAGACUGGAUCUGGGGACAUAUAUAUAUACGGGAGGGGACGAGGACGUUGGUUUUUGGGACUGGACUUGUCCCAAUACCUUCAGAUCCAACAAGAGAUUUUUGUUUUUUUGUUUAAGGAACGUAAGUUAUAGAAAUGUCUUUUUAAAACUAUCAGAUGUACGUACUGUAUACCAUUGUUUGAGGAGCUUAAUCUUAAGGUUUAAGAAUCGUUUUUUUUUUUUAUCUUAAUGGAUCGGGAGCAAGAGUUGAAGGGUGAUACUGUUCUAUCCUUUUAUGCAUUAUUCUGAUGUUGUUGAUUUAAGUUUGUAAUAUGUCUUUUUUCCUUUUCCAGAAUUAAAAAAAAAAGAGAGAGAAAUCUUAGAAAAUAAAAUUAUGAAUUGGUA